AAAAAUUCGAUCCUAGCCCAUGAAUAGGGCCCAUAGGAUUUUGGCCACAAAUUUCACACAAACCUAACACAGGAAUGGAGCAGUUGAGAUUUGAGAUUGGCCAAACACUGAAGAUAACUGAUAGACCCCAACCAACCCCCAGCAGGAAUUGAUCGGCGACACGUGUCAACCGUACCAAACACCCUCAGAAAUUCAUCCACACGAAAAUCCUCUUUCCAAUGUUUGCUCCUUUGCCUAAUUCUCCAAGCAAAAGGGCGGUAAAUUCAGCCGUUUUCAUCUCAUCCCCCUUUCAAGAAUUCAAAUUGAGCAUCCCGGAAAGAAAACACGAAGAAAAAGAUUGAAUCUUGUGAAAAAAUAUAGAUAAUUAUUCAAGAAAAUGGCAUCAGCAACUUGUUCAUUGGGCUCAUCAGCUAUAGUUCAGUCAAUCUCUGGGCGGUUUACAGGCCAAAACCUUUCUCUUUCAUCUUCCAAAUCACUCACUUCAACGAGGAGAAAAUCUCGACUUGUGGUGAAGGCAUCUUCUCGUGUCGACAAGUUUUCAAAAAGUGACAUUAUUGUCUCUCCAUCUAUUCUUUCCGCCAAUUUCUCAAAAUUAGGAGAACAGGUCAAAGCUGUUGAGUUGGCUGGUUGUGAUUGGAUUCAUGUUGAUGUGAUGGACGGUCGUUUUGUGCCGAAUAUUACGAUUGGGCCCCUCGUGGUCGAUGCCCUGCGACCAGUCACCGAGCUACCCUUGGAUGUGCAUUUGAUGAUUGUUGAACCCGAGCAGCGAGUCCCGGAUUUUAUAAAAGCUGGAGCUGAUAUAGUCAGUGUUCAUUGUGAACAAUCUUCAACCAUCCAUUUGCACCGUACAUUGAAUCAAAUUAAGAGUCUGGGAGCCAAAGCUGGAGUUGUGCUGAACCCUGCAACUCCAUUAACGGCCAUAGAGUAUGUUCUUGAUGUGGUUGAUCUUGUACUAAUUAUGUCCGUCAACCCUGGAUUUGGCGGGCAAAGCUUCAUAGAGAGCCAAGUAAAGAAAAUAUCGGACUUGAGAAGAAUCUGUGCUGAGAAGGGAGUGAACCCAUGGAUUGAGGUAGAUGGUGGAGUUGGUCCAAAAAAUGCUUACAAAGUAAUUGAAGCUGGGGCCAAUGCAUUAGUUGCUGGCUCUGCUGUUUUUGGAGCCCCUGAUUACGCCGAAGGUCUGAAACUGGAAAAGGGAAUGGCGGUUACCGGCGGCGAUCGUUCGGAGAUAGCUUUCUUCGACGUGGAGACUACCGUGCCGACCAGAACGGGUCAGGGCUACGCCAUCUUGGAAUUCGGGGCCAUCCUCGUCUGCCCCAGGAAGCUCGUGGAGCUCCGGAGCUACUCCACCUUGGUCCGACCCGCAGACCUCACCCGCAUCACCUCUCUCUCCGUCCGGUGCAACGGCAUUACCCGUGACGACGUCGUUUCUGCACCCUCCUUCGCGGAGGUUGCUGAUUUGGUCUACGACCUCCUCCAUGGAAGGAUAUGGGCUGGUCAUAAUAUAUUGAGAUUCGAUUGUGCUCGUAUAAAAGAGGCAUUUGCUCAGAUUAAGAAGCCUGCUCCGGAGCCUAAGGGAACGAUUGAUUCCCUGCCGCUACUAACGGAAAAGUUUGGAAGAAGAGCUGGUAAUAUGAAGAUGGCAUCUCUUGCCACAUAUUUUGGGCUUGGCCAGCAAACACAUAGGAGUUUGGACGAUGUUCGCAUGAAUCUUGAAGUUAUCAAGUAUUGUGCAACUGUUCUAUUUUUGGAAUCCAGCCUUCCAGAUAUAUUCACGGAGAACAAUUGGGUUUCUCGAAAUGCCAUCCCAAAACGCCAAAGUAACGAAAAAACUUCUCGAGAGCCAAACGAGAGCACACCACCAUCAUCAUCGUCAAGAAUUGACGAGGCAAAUCAUCCUAUACUGUCGAUAAAUUCGCCACCGAUCGAAUCAAAUCCUCCUAGCGCGGGCCCGUUCAAUCUGACGGACUUUCUCGUUCGAAUAAAUGACGACACUCUUGCCGAAGACCAUAUGGAGGUAGAGAAAAACGACUCGGCAGCUAAAGAAUCUUCAAAUGCGGUAAAUUGUGGGCAUCAUCAGAGUGACUUCUUGGAGCCUGAUGAUGUAUCAAUACCUUUAAUAUCUGUAACACUCGUACCCUUUUACCGAGGGACUCAAAAGAUACAGAUAUUGCACCAAAAUGUCCCGUUACAGCUCGGCUGUGCACAGCUGAAGGUACGAUUUGGGAUCAGUUCAAAGUUUGUCGAUCAUGCUGGCCGGCCACGUUUGAGUUUUGUGGUUGAUGCAUUUCCGAGCCUGUGCACGGUUCUCGAUGCAGUUGAUAAUCUUGCCCAAAAGCUGUUAAUUGAUUCCGGCACGUCUUCUGAUUGGUGGCCUGUGGUUACGAGGAAGAAUGGCUUCUUCAACUCCCCCACUGUUCGAUUACACCUCCCAACUGCCGGAGAUGGUGAAAUCACCCGAUGCACGACAGAAAUAUACCAAAAGGAUAAUUCAACCACGCAGAGGCUUGUGUUUAGUAGAUUCGACGUUAUCGAGCUCGAAUCCUUAUUUGCUCCCGGAAAAACCGUGGAUGCGUGUUUUUCCGUGGACGUCUAUGAUUACCAGCAGAAUGCAGGCAUCCGAUUGGUGGCAAAGAAACUUACGCCGCCAACAAUAGUUUGGAACUCCGACCUUGAGACCUCCACCACCGCCUCUGUUCGUCGCCGCCUCCUUAAGGAAGAGUUCUCCCUUGAUCUGUACGGGCAGGGAGCGCCUUUGCUGGUCUCCAAUGCUCUUGCGGGUGGGAAGCUCGGGUCUCCUCUGCCAUUGGCGGGCUCGCAAAUCGUCGGAUGGCAGAUUGACAGUUGUCGUUAG